AAAUUAUCAGAAAAUGGAAGGCUCAAAAUACCUGGCUUCAGCUAGGGAAAAUGAAGAGAAGGCAUCAAAGAAAGAGAAAGGAUCUUGCUUCAUAAACCUCUUCUCUAAUAAGGAAGCUCGGAUGGAAGAAGUCAAAGAGCUGUAUGAAAAAGCCGCAAAUUCCUACAAACUCGCACAGGAGUGGGAGAAAGCAGGUCAGAUGUACAGAAAAUGUGCUGAUCUGGAGCGUCAGACCAAUGGAAUUCCAGCUCAGUACUUACUCGAUUCUCUUACUUGCUAUAAGAAAGUUAAUCAUGCUGAAUAUCUAGCACUUGCUGAAGAGACUAUUGUCAUUCUUUCUGAAGAUGGCAGGCUUGACCAAGCUGCCAGAUUAAGGAAAGAGGUUGCUGAAAGUUAUGAGCAGCAGGCUGAAUACCCUCAGGCUAUCUUAGAGUACGAAAAGGCAGCCCAACUCUAUGAGAUGGAGGACACCCAUUCCUUCGCCAGUCAAUGAUAUGUCAAAGAGGCUGAUCUUAUGGUAAUGGUUAAGGAGGCUGAUCUGGUUAAAAUAAUCCAAACUUAUGAGAAAGUUAUCAACGAAUAUUUGAAAUAAGGACAUGCUGAAAUCAAGUUCCAAAGGAUUAGUCUUAAAAGUGUGCCUUUGCUAUUUAGCUAAUGAUGAUCUUGUAGGUGCAAAGAAUAGACACCACACUUUCUCUCAAGAAGAUGCUACAUUUAGUAACAGCAGAGAGGGAGAAUUGCUAUCAAGUCUGUUUACAGCGAAGGAGCUGAAAGAUGUUGACCUCUUCCAGAAAACACUUCAUGAUUAUAACAAAAUAACACCACUUAAAAAAGAGGAGACUCAACUUCUUGUUCAAAUAAAAGAUUCUUUCCCAAGCUUGGGCGAAGACCUCAACCUAGCAGGUGGGGAUGAUUUUGAGGAAAAAGAGCCUGACUUUACCUAAAGACUAUUUUGUUUCAAA